UAAGACGCAAACUGAAUUUGGUGACCCUGUGAAAUGGAUUUUUUUAUAAGUAGCAUUCACACUUUGCAGACGGUCCCUUGCCCCUCAGUCGCCAUGCGGAGCAACAUGAGGAAAUAACGGUUCUUUUUCCGGUAUUUUGUAGAAUUUUCGCUUGUAGUUUUCUUUGUUCGAAUGAAAAGAGAUGUCACUUAUUGUGUAGCAAAACAUUUUGGUUAACGUUGUUGAUGCAGAAAAUUGAAUCUGAAUAUCUUGGUAACUUUUUUUGUUUUAUGGCAGGAACGAAAGUGAAAGUCUCGUUUCUUUGCCGAUUUACGAGCCUACGAGGUAAUAAUAAUAAUAAUAAUAAUAAUAAUAAUAAUAAUAAUUUUAAAAAGUACUCCCGAAAACCUAAGCAUGCGACUAAAGUGUCUAACAAAUGGCGAUUAAUGCGUUUUGGAGAACUUUUUGAGAACGUGUGUCGUCUUCGGUCAGUAUAAAUCCUCAGACUCACAAAAGCAGUUACAGUCAACAAAUCAUGGAGGACAAACAAAGAUUCAGAGAUUUUUCUCCAGGUUACAGACAGAGAUCAAACCCAUCAGAGUCCAGCUGUGUGUCCGUGAAGAGCGACCGAUCAAUGGACAAUCCAAUUGCAUUUAGUGGAGGACACACAUCAACUUAUCUAAGUGGAAUUCACAGAUGGACAUCAAACUCACCAGAGUCCAGCUGUGUGUCCGUGAAGAGCGACCGAUCAAUGGACAAUCCAAUUGCAUUUAGUGGAGGACACACAUCAACUUAUCUAAGUGGAAUUCACAGAUGGACAUCAAACUCACCAGAGUCCAGUUGUGGGGCCAUGGUGAAUGGCCAGUCUAUGGAUCAACAUAAAAUAAAUCAUGAACCUGAACUGGUCCAAAGUAGUUUUAAAUCAAAUCUGCUGAAGAAGUUUCAGUGUUUCGCUGAAGGAACAGCAGUGCAGGGAAACCCAACACUCCUGAAGGAGAUCUACACAGAGCUCUACAUCACAGAGAGUGACAGUGGAGAGAUCAAUAAUGAGCAUGAGCUGAGACAGAUUGAGACACAAUCCAGGAGAUCAGCAACAGAGGAGACGCCGAUCCAAUGCAGAGACAUCUUUACACCUUUACCUGGACAACACAAAGCCAUCAGAACUGUGCUGACCAAGGGGGUUGCUGGUAUUGGGAAAACAGUCUCUGUGCAGAAGUUCAUUGUGGACUGGGCUGAAGAGAAAGAGAAUCAGGACAUCCAGUUCAUAUUUCCACUUCCUUUCAGAGAGAUCAACCUGAUGAAGGACAGGAAACUCAGUCUGUUAGAUCUUCUGCGUGUGUUUUUCCCUAAUACAAUAGAAAUAGAAAUAUUCAGAAGGACAUCUAAAUUGUUGUUCAUCUUUGAUGGUCUGGAUGAGUGUCGACUGUCUCUGGACUUUAACAGCAAAGUGAAACUGUAUAAUAUUUCUAAAUCCGCCUCAGUGGACGUGCUGCUGACGAACCUCAUUGCAGGGAAUCUGCUUCCCUCUGCUCUCAUCUGGAUCACCUCCAGACCAGCAGCAGCAGAUCUCAUUCCCUCUGAGUUUGUCCAUCGAGUGACAGAGAUACGAGGCUUCAAUGACCCUCAGAAGGAGGAAUACUUCAGGAAGAAAAUCAGAGAUCAGAGUCUGGCCGAUACAAUCACCUCACACCUGAAGUCCUCCAGGAGCCUCCACAUCAUGUGCCACAUCCCAGUGUUCUGCUGGAUCUCAGCCACUGUUCUGGAGAAGAUCUUCAGUCAAGCAGAGAGAGGAGAGAUUCCCAAGACUCUAACUCUAAUGUACACACACUUUCUGAUCAUGCAGACCAACAUCAGACAUGAGAAGGACUAUGAGGAGAAGGUCAAAGAUGGAGACAUGAUCCUCAAACUGGGGAAAGUGGCUUUUGAGCAGCUUGUGAAAGGCAACCUGAUCUUCUAUGAGGAAGACCUGAGAGAGUGUGGCCUUGAUGUGACCGAAGCAUCAGUUUACUCAGGAUUGUGCACUCAGAUCUUCAGAGAGGAGUUUGGCUUUUAUCUGGGGAAAGUUUUCUGCUUUGUUCAUCUGAGCAUACAGGAACAUCUAGCAGCUCUAUAUGCUCAUCACUCCUUAAUAAACAAGGACAGAAAUGUGUUUGAACAAACAAAAAAUAAUAUGCCUAAAGUUUUAAAAGAGAGCAAACUUGAUUCAUUGUCAAAAUUGCAUCAGAGAGCUGUGGAUGAGGCUUUACAGAGUAAGAAUGGACAUCUGGAUCUUUUCCUGCGUUUUCUUCUGGGUCUCUCAUUGGAGUCCAGUAGGACUCUGUUGGGUGAACUACUGACACAGACAGGAAGCUGCUCUUACAACAAAGUGGAAACCGUUCAGUUCAUCAAGCAGAAGAUCAGGGAAAAUGACUUUCCAGAGAGAUCCAUCAAUCUGUUCCACUGUCUGAAUGAACUGGGUAUUUAUUCACUGAUGCUGGAGGUUCAGGAUUUUCUGAGAUCUGGAGUAAUAAAAGUAACAAGUAUCUCCAAUUCUCAGUGGUCAGCUCUAGUUUAUGUGUUGCUGACAUCAGAGCAGAAGAUGGAGGACUUUGAUCUAAAACAGUUUAUUGGAGUAAAAAACACAGCAGAUAAAGUUCUCCAGAAGCUGCUGUCUGUGGUAAAAGAAUCAAGAUUAGUUCGGUUGAGUGAUUGUGGAGUCACAGAUGAAGGUUGUGCUGCUCUGGCUUCAGCUCUCAGAUUAAACUCUUCACUCCUGGCUGAACUGAAUCUGACUGAAAAUAAUCUAAGAGAUUCAGGAGUGAAGCUGCUCGCUGAUGGACUGAAGGAUCCUUACUGUAAACUGGAGAUACUGAGGUUGAGUAAUUGUGGAGUCACAGAUGAAGGUUGUGCUGCUCUGGCUUCAGCUCUGAAAUCAAACCCUGAACACUUGAGAGAACUGUGUCUGUCUGUAAAUAAACUAGGAGACUCAGGAGUGAAGCUGCUCUCUGAUGGACUGAAGGAUCCUCACUGUAAACUGGAGAUACUGAGGUUGAGUCAUUGCAAAGCCACCAAAAAAGGAUGCGCUGCUUUGGCUUUAGCUCUGAGAUCAAACCCUGAACACCUGAGGGUACUGGAUCUGUCUGAAAACAAAGUAGGAGAUUCAGGAGUGAAGCUGCUCUCUGAUGGACUGAAGGAUCCUCACUGUAAACUGGAGAUACUGAGGUUGAGUAAUUGUGGAGUCACAGAUGAAGGUUGCGCUGAUCUGGCUUCAGCUCUGAGAUCAAACCCUGAACAUCUGAGAGCACUGGAUCUGACUGAAAAAAAAUGUUUUUACAAAAAAAAAGGAAAAAGAAAAGCAGGAAAGAAACUGCUUACUGAACUAAAGGCUGAUCCACAUUAUAAACUAUGCAUGCUUUGGUUAUAGAUGUCUCUGGAUCAGCUUAUUGGAGAAAAAAGUCACUUCAGUCACCUUCAACAAAAUCAACAGACAUCAUCACACACGGGUUUUCUUUUUCAGAAGUAGUUUUUGUAUUUCAUUUGACUUAUAAAUUUAUAUAAUAUACAUUUUACAGUUGUGCAGUUUAGUAGCUAGUGAUUACUAGCUGUUUGAGGCUAUAUGUAUAUUUACUGUUAAAGGGCACCUAGGUUAGCUCUUUUUUCAGCUUUAAUAUAAGUGUUUUGCGUCUCCAGAACGUGUCUGUAAAGUUUCAGAUCAAAACACCCAUCAGAUUUUUUAUUAUACCUUUUAUUAAAUUCCUAUUUAUAAAUUUUUUCACUGGGUGGCGGUUUUGGUGUACUGCUCCUUUAAGGCUAGUCCUCCCCGCAUGACCCACGCAUUCGCUUGCUUAUGAGUGGAAGUCUAUGGGAGGAAAAGCCCAGUGUGACCGCAGCUUUAAAGGAAGCAGAUCUGACCUAGUGUUUGUGAGAAAUACUACAGUAAGAACUUUACCAAUGAGUAUUUGUUGUUUGGCAGUUGCAUCAAUGAGUCACACAAAGUUCACGCGUGCACACGCGCACACACAGAUACACGCGCACACACACGCACACACCGCAGCAGACACACACACACACACACAUAUACACACACACACAGACAGACAGACAGACAGACAGACAGACAGACAGAGCGCCCGUUUAGCUUUGCACUCUUUUUGCACACAUAUGUGACAGUAUACAGGUUAAUCUCCACUGCUGUAUGAUAUCUGUUAUGUUGAUGUACAAAAUAAACCUGAUUUAACGUCCACAAACUGGGAUUGAAGCAUCUUCCUUUAUAAUUGUUCUGACACGCGGCUGUGCUGAUGAAGUAAAGCGAAGCUAAAUCGCUGUAAUUCAUUCCACACAUGCUCUGUUUUAAAACAUUUUAAACUUGUAAAACUCACUCUUGAUCACAUUUGAUGAUGAUUGAUGACUCUAGCGAACUGAACACACCUUUUAUUCCCGGCUGCUUUGCGCUCGUCCUGUCUUGUUUAUAUAAUUAUACACGUGUCUACCGGGACAUGUUAAUACCCGUAGCUGUCAAUCAAUUCGGUGGGCGGGGGGACCGCUCUCCUACGUAAAGUUGCGGUCGAUCUGAAAACAGCUCCAAUUGGUCCACUGUUUUUAUGUUGCUAAAUUGAAAAAAAAGCACUGGGUGUGCUUAUAUCAACCCAAUAUGACUGUCUAUACACCAUACAUGCACAUAUGUCUGUCCAAACAGCUUGAAAAGUAGAUUUUUCACCAUAGGUGCCCUUUAAACAGAUUUCAACAGAAGCUGAAAUGACAUUUGUGUAAAGAGUUUAUUUUUGAUUCAUUGACAGGAAUAGGUCUUGGAUACGUGUCAUUUCUGGAUAUCUGUAAUGUGAUCCAGCACAGAAGAGCCGCUGUAGUUGUUUGUCUGCAGUUUCAGAAGCUUCUGGUGUUUUUGUUGUGCUUUGAAGGAUACAAUUGCAAAAAAUGGAUUUCUGAAAAAUCUGUUUUUGCAAAUGAACUCUUUAAAUAGUAUAAAAAGCAUAUUCUACAAUGGUACUCAUAAGUAAAUAAACAGAUG